AUGUCGACACCCGAGCCGCCUUCCAACGCGGGUCCUGCCGUUCCCCCGGCACCUGCAGCGACCCCGGCUGCUACCGGUGCGCCUGCCGCCGCGGACGUCAAGCCCGCAAAGCCUGCAGGCCCCCUUCCCGGCCACGCACCGAGGGCUCCCCUCCCUCCUCUUGAGGGCUGGCGUGGUGCUCUCGAGCACACUGGUCUUCCCCGCUCGUGGUUGAACGCCAAGCCCCGCAUGCCAUCGCGCAACUGGUGCAUCUUCCUCACCGUUGUCGGCACCAUCUCGUACAUGUACUAUGACGACCGCAGGCAGUGCAAGCAGAUCAGGCAAGAGUACAUUGACAAGGUCGAGUACCUGUCCAAGCAGCAGAUGUCGGGCUCGCUCGACAUUCCCCGCAAGGUGACCGUGUACGGCGCGCGCUGGCCCGAGGACGACGAGUCGGACCGUGCUCUCCGUCACUUCCGCAAAUACGUCAAGCCGUACCUUGUCGCCGCUGCCAUCGACUACGACCAGGUCCAUGCCCCCCUGUACGGCUCGAUUUCGCGUAUCGUGCAUGCCAACACGUUGAGGAAACGCCGCCAGGCGCUGGGCCUCGAGGCGCCCGACGAGCUCAUUUCGCUCCCUGGCCAGCUCGACCCGGCCACCGCGGCCCAGCGCGAGCUCGAGGGCGGCACCAUCCUUGUCGGCCGCCCGGCGCUCAAGGAGUACCUCUCUGGUCUCCGUGCUGGCUGGAGCGGCGGUGUUGGCGAGUGGUCGUGGGAGAAGGAUGUCACAGAGGACAUUAAGAACGACGGCGUCUUUGACGAGCCGGUCAUGGAGGCCGAGCAGGCUCCUGCCGCCGCCGCCGCCGCCGCCGACGUUGCUGCUCCUGCCCCCUCGACUACUGCCCCUUCCCACACCAACCUCUCGUUCCUCGCCCGUCCCCUCCCCUCCGCCGUGCCCCCUCAGCAGGGUGGCCAGCAGCAGCCCAUCGCCAUCCCCGAGCACCUGCACGCCGCGCCCGCGCAGCUCCCGGCGCAGCCCCCCAUCCUCCUCGUCCCCUUUGUCAACCACCUCGGCUUCAAGCAGAUCCCGCACAUGAUCUACGACUUUUUCACCGAGCGCAAGCGCGUCAAGGCCGGUGCCGAGGCCGCGUACGCGCUCAUCAUGUCCCAGACCCGCCCGAUGGACGAGGCCGACAGCAACUUUGGCAUCGAGGCCGAACAGUACUACAAGAAGCAGUACAACCAGGUUCCCGAGCGCAACAAAAAGGCCCAGGACGAAUACUACACCGAGCUGGCCAAGCGGAUCGAGUCUGCGCGCCAGUUUGCCCGUGGCGAGCGUGACCUGACCGACGACGAGAAGAAGAGCGACAAGCCCAUUGUCACCGAGGAGGACCUGCGUGCCGAGCGUCUGAAGCGCGAGCUCCGCUGGCACGGCGGUCUCGAGGGCUGGAACAUUGUCAAGCCCGCCACACCCGUCGCCUGGCAGCCCGAGUGGGACGGCUGGCUCCGUGUCUUUGAGCAGCCCUCCGAGGUCCCCGAGAUUGACGACUAG